AUGGCUACUACUGACAAAUAUAGUUUUACAAAGUCAUCUAAAUCUAUACGCAGGCGGAUAGUCACUAAGUGGUUCCGAUUGUGCUUUAUUGUAGGCAUAGUAACGUACCUGUGUGCCAGAUAUAUCCCAGAAUAUACUCAAACAGGCAGUAUCACAAAAGAAUCUAUAUCGACGAAGACUGCAAACGAGCCACUAUUGUAUAAGAUCAAUCUACUAGAUAGAAAGAUCAGGCAUAGAAAAGGCAAUGAAGUCGUACACGGCGAAGAAGGUCUCACCCAGCAGGUGCUUAAACGCGAUCUCAGACAGGCACGAAAAAAAUCAAAGCCAAAUAAGGACAUGGGGGAUAUCGACACGGUUUCUGUCGAGAGCGCUUUAGAGAUUGGUAAGUAG